AUGGAGUUAACCAGAACUCAGAAAAGGAGGGUCCAAAGGCAGUACUGCAUGUUCCUCAAUAACAAAAGGGAUACACAAGUACUUCCAGGGAUCGAUUCUGCCAGAAAAGGGAAAAAGCCGGAAGUACUCCUCUAUGCAGAACAAGCAAUCUCCCAGCCACAGAAGCUAUUGAAAGCAGAAUGUCUAGGCAAGCCUUCUAUCCACCCUGCCUCAUCAUCAGACAAUCUACUUAAACCACAACUAGGAAAAUCCGAAGCUGUUCCAGCAAAAGGACAAGAAGACUGGAUUGAGGAAAAUGGAGAGGAACAACUAGAUUAUGAACCAUCUGCAGAUGACCAAAAUGCACUCCUCGAAGCAGGAGAACAGGGAGACUAG